UGCCGAAGAGAACGACCGGCUGGAGAAGCAGCACCGCUUGAUGCUCCACUUGUUCGGUGGACCCAUCGGCGCUCCCGAGGCACUCAAGGUUCUUGAACAAGGCGGCAAGGUAUUAGAUGUGGGCUGCGGUCCCGGAAGUUGGAUCAAGCAAGUCGCGAAUCUUUAUCCCAAGUGCAAAGCGUUUGCGACCGAUUUUGCGCCUACAUAUUCCCCCGUUCAAGUGGGCGAUGCUGCUAAGGUCGAAUUCCAGGUCGGAGAUGUCCUCAAGUCACUUCCGUAUAAUGAUGGAUCAUUUGACUUUGUCCAGAUGCGCUUUUUCACUGGAGCUCUCAAGGCUCACGAGUGGGUGCCCGCUGUGAAAGAGGUGUAUCGCGUUGUCAAGCCUGGAGGCUGGGUGCAGCUUAUCGAACCCGAUGGUGAGCUGCGCUGCCGCAACGGGGAGAGCGCAGACAUCACGGACUGGAACACAAGAGGCAUGCGUGGUUCGCUGCUCAAGCGUGGCGGCGACCCUCUUGCUGGCACCCGCCUUGACAAAUUCAUGGCGGAAGCCGGCUUCGAUAGCAGUACGAUCAGGGUUGAUAUUGCUUCAGUACCCGUCGACGCUAAGGCUGGCCCGCUUGGCGCUCUGAUGGAACACGACUACCUCGCCUUGGUGCAAACUUUGGCGCCCAUUCUCGGUCCUAGCUGGGGUAUCACGGCCGAUGAGAUGGUAAAUUGGGGCAAGCGCAUUGUGCACAAGUGCAGUGAGCACCAAGCCUUCCACAAUUUUGUAUGUGCCGUGGCUCGCAAAAGCGAGAAGCAAUCUACGUGAGCCAUGAAGCCCAAAUAACCAGAUAAUGCGCGGCUCCGCCCACCCGCCCACUAGCACCACAUGUCCGCCCGCCUUGACACAUGAGUCACGCAGCGCUUCUUUUCUCCGAAAGCUUGUGACCUUAGGCCAUGUUUUUCAUGCUUCUCGAAGUUCAGCAUGUAGCC